AUAUUUGUUGAGACUUCUGUGAUUUAACGAAAUUGAGAAAAAUCAUAUUAAAUAUAUUUACUGCCAUAAAACGGAUUAUUUUCAAAUGAUAAACAUUUGCGGCAUUCGUCAUCAUUCACACAUGGGAAAAAAUUCAUCAAGUUUUUGAUACCAUCAUGAAAUUUAAAGUAACCCAAAAAUCAAGAACAAACUCAUCUCGAUUAGGAUGUUUAUCUGGAGCAGAGCGACUUCCUGAUAAAGAGCUUGAAACACCACUUGUUAUGUUAUAUACAAAAGGAGGCAGUAUUCCACAUAUCACACACGAAGUUUUACAAUUAAUUACCAAAGAAUGCCAAACAAUUCAAAUACCUUUAGUGAGUACCGUUCAGUUUGUACAACCGAUUGGUGCCUGGGAUCGACCUUUAGCUGAUUUUAUUGGAUUAACGGAAUAUGUUACUUGUGUAACGGUACAAGAUCCUGGGGAUUUUACACCGUCUGGUAAACAUAAACAGGAUUCGGUACCGAUUUGGACACGUUCUGGCAAAGUUGAUAUCUCACCUAAUAAAUACAUGGAUAUGAUAGAAAAAUUUAAGCCCGACAUGUAUUAUGCAUUAUCCGAUGGCGAUACAAAUGUUUCCAGUCCAAAAAAACGUACCCAAAAAUCGGUGGAUCGUACAUUACAAUUCUUCGAAAAAUGUUCACAACGUCAUAUUAAAUCGGACAUUUUAAAAAAGAAAAUGUUCAUUGCUGCCAUAGCGGGUGGUUUUAAUGUGAUCGAAAGACAACGAUGUAUUCGAUCGCUAUUGAAGAAUGAAAAUAUUCUAUCUGUUUCUGGAUUCUUAAUCGAUGGCAUACACAAUAAUGGUCCUGAAUUAGAAUUGUUAAAUUUUACAGAAGUGAAGCCUGUGUUAGAUGAAACAUUAAAAAUGUUACCGGAGGAUAAGUUACGUUCAGUCCAUGGAUGUUGGAAUCCGUUGGCUGUUAUUAAUUUGGUACAAAUGGGAGUGGAUGUAUUUGAUACAUCGUUUCCUUAUAUUGUCACAGAACGUUCCGCUGCAUUAACAUUCAAUUAUCGUCCAUCAGAUGGAGAAAUUAGUGAAAAAUUUGAAAUAAAUUUACGUGAUUUAUCAUACGCUUCAAGUUUUGAACCACUCUACGCUCAUUGCGCAUGCUUAGCAUGUCGUAAACAUACACGUGCCUACAUCUAUCAUUUAUUAAACGUACAAGAGUUGUUAGGGACCGUUCUACUCACCAUCCAUAACUUACAUCAUUACUUAGAAUUCUUUAAACAAAUCCGGGACUCAAUACGAACCCAAACGUUAGACGAUUUACAGGAAUGGAUUCAACGACAAUAUUUGGAGUAUCAACGUAGUUUGUUGGAAUGUAAACCGUUAUUGGAAUCACGGAAUAUGGAAACGGAUAUGAAUGAUAUUAAUGGCGAUACGAUUUAUAAUAAUAGUCAACCGAACCAACAACCGAAUUAAUUAGAUUCGUCUAAACUAUAGAUUCAAUUAAAAUGUCAUUUGCUUUUUAAAAAAUGGUGGCUAUGAGAGCGGCCAUCUUGUUUUUUACAUAACCAUGUUAUUUAUUGUUAUACAAUAUACUUAAUUCUUUAAUUUUUUAUUUAUUUUCAUUUUCUUUCAUUUUGUUGAA